AUGGGGAGCGUGAGGGGCUUCCGCGGGGUGGCGUUGCUCUGGCUCGCCGUGGCGGCGAGGCUGAGCUGGGCGCUGCAGGAUGUCACUUCCCAGCUCUUCGGGGCCGAGGCCUUCGGGAGCCUGGCCGCCUUCGGGGACUUCAACUCCGACAAGCAGACGGAUCUCUUCGUGCUGAGGGGAGGCAAUAAUUUACUUAUCUUCCUGGCGGACCAAAAAGAACCCUAUUUUAAGCCCAAAGUCAACUUAUCAUUAAAUGUUGAGAUAACCAGCGUGGUUCCUGGUGAUUACGAUGGUGAUUCACAAAUGGAUGUCCUGCUGACGACUCGUCCACAAAAUCAAUCCACUGCUGACCUCUCGGUUUAUAUUUUCUGGGGAAAUAAUCAAUCAUUAGAUCCAAAUCGAAAGAAAAUAUUAAAUAGGACAUUUCACGAUGAGCCAUUAAUCAUGGAUUUCAAUGGUGACUUAAUUCCUGAUGUAUUUGGAGUUACAAAUGAAUCCAGUAAACCACAAGUACUGAUUGGCAGGGAAUUAUCAUGGCACCCAGCGCUGGACACGCAGAAGAAAAUGUAUACACCUCACUCCCAUGCGUUCAUAGAUUUAAAUUAUGAUUUCACGGCAGAUUUGUUUCUUACAACAUCAGAUUCCGGCCAAAUUCAAUUUGAAACAUGGUUAAAUCAGGAUGGAAAUUUCUCCAAAGCUUCUUACAUACAGCAGAAGCCCAAAGAUGCUGUGGUUGUUGGACAAUCCGUGUUUGCCGAUUUUGAUGGUGACGGACGGACUGAGCAUUUGCUGCCAGCCUGUUUGGAUGCGGCUUGUCAAAAGAGUGUCAUCUACCUAUCUAAAUCGGGAUUGAAUCAAGAAUGGAUCCCAGUGUUUCAGAACUUCACAAACGCAAAUACACUAUGGGGCUUUGUUCCAUACGUGCCAGCUUCGCCUGAAUUUUCCGUUCCAAUCACUCUUCACAUCGGAGAUUAUAACAUGGAUGGCUAUCCAGAUGCACUUGCUAUACUGAAAAAUACAUCCGGAAGCAACCAGCAAGCGUUCCUGUUAGAGAACAGGGAAUGCAGUAGCUGCAAUCGCAUCCACCGGGAGUUUAAGGUCUUCUGGGAGCUCUCGGAUCUCAAUCAAAUCAAAAACGCCGUGGUGGCAACCUUCUUUGACAUCUACGAAGACGGAAUCUUGGAUAUAAUUGUUCUCAGCAAAGACCCUGCAAAGAAAGAACUUGCCAUCCACACGUUAAAAAAUAACUUUGAAGCAGAUGCCUAUUUUGUCAAGGUCAUUGUUCUCAGUGGGCUGUGUUCCAACGACUGUCCUCGUAAGAUAACUCCCUUUGGUGUGAAUCAACCUGGACCUUAUAUUAUGUAUACAACUGUAGAUGCAAAUGGAUACUUGAAAAACGGUUCAGCUGGGCAGCUGAGCCAGUCGGCACACUGGGCCCUCCAGCUCCCAUAUAACGUGUUGGGCCUGGGACGCAGCGCAAACUUCCUCGAUCAUUUGUACGUUGGCAUUCCUCGUCCGAUUGGAGAAAGGACUGUAAGAAAACAGGAAUGGACCGCCAUCAUCCCAAACUCCCAGCUCAUUGUCAUUCCGUAUCCUCACGACCGCCCUCGAAGCUGGAGUGCCAAGCUGUACCUGACGCCAAGUAACAUUGUCCUGCUGACAGCGAUCGCCCUAAUCGGGGUCUGUGUCUUCAUACUGGCAAUCAUUGGCAUAUUGCACUGGCAAGAGAAGAAAGCAGAUGACAGAGAGAAGCGACAAGAAGCCCACCGGUUCCAUUUUGAUGCUAUGUGAUAUGCCUUAAUACUUUGAGGAAGGAGCUGCUACACAUGUGCGUGAUCUAAAAAAACGUAUUCUAGCCCAAAAGGGCCAAGGAGGGGAGGGUAUUGCUGUGCUAUUUAUAAAUGUUGCAUUGUUUUUAAUUUAUUUGGAAAGGGUUAAAAUCAAUCUAUCUGGCAGGGCCUUCCAGUAAUUAUUUGUAUAUAUUGAUAUUUGUUUUCUCUUUAUUUAAUGAAGGCGCAGAUUCCAGUUUAGAAAGGGAUCCUACUGCAUGCAUUCCACUGCUUAGAUACUCUCACUUUCUUCUGUACAAUGUUUCAUCAAAUUGAAGUUAUGUGUAAACUUCAAGUCAGUUUCAGUGAGCAAAUUCUUUUUGGGUCCACUUGAAGAAGUCCUGCCAUAUAUGCAUUCCCAAAAUGUUGUGUUUUUGCAAUUUACUUUCCGGCAAAUUGUCAAAUGCAACAAGACAUCUCAUUAUCCUGACUGACUGUACUCUGGGACAGAGGUUCUCACUUUGAUCCCCAGAUGUUGGACUACAACUCCUAUCAUCUCCUGCCACCAUGGUGGUUGUAGCAGGGAGGUGAUGGGAGUUGUAGUCCAUCAUCUGAGGACUCAAGUUUGAGAGCCCGUGCUCUAGGAUGUUUGCUCUGAAGUGGUCUGGGUUGCUUUCUCUUUGUAUUAAUCUCUGCAUCCCAUCAAGUGAGAGGAAUAAGCUUUGAAUUGGAAGAUAAAACCACCCUACUAAUGAAAACUAACCAAAAGGUCUAUUAAUGUAUUAACUUGAAAAUGAAGUGUCUAAUUCAACUUAUUUUAAAUUAUGCCUCCUUAAAACAGAAUAAUUUUGCAUGACUUAUUCUUAUUGGUGGUUAUCAUGUGAUACUAAAACUUAAUCAUGAAAACAUGUGGCCAAAAAAACUAAGUGAAAUCCUUAGAGAGAAUCCUGUAAGGAAAAGUGAGUCUUUCCAAAUUUAUUUGUAAUUAAGGGCUGGACUAUACUAUACUACAUAUUUCAUACUACUGAUGCUGUAUUGGGGCAUCAAACCUUUGCUUUUGCCUUUUUAAAGUGUGAUGGCUAUGAACAAAGAGAAUUCCAGUGAACUUUAAGAAGUUGAUCAUUUUCCACAUACAAAUCGGGCUAUGGCUCUUUUACUAAACAGAUUCUGUGGGAAGCACAUGAUGUAAUGAAGGUACUCCUUUAUUCUUAGAUGUUUAUGAUUUAUUGUGCUCUGAAAACUGUUGACCUGCAUUCCCAAUAAAUGGUGUCUAAUGUA